AUGGAACGCAAGGAUCUAUUUGGCGAAGGGAAGACCGAUGGUGUCGAAGGAGGAGAUAUGCUGAUUCAGCAUGCAUUGCAGACCCAAGGAAAGACGAUUGAUGCAGCUAAGAACACGCUCCUAUUGCUCCACGAAACAAAGCAAGUGGCGUUGGAGACAACAGAAACUUUAGCGAACCAAACUGACCAGAUUGGAGGAAUGAAGGGGAAUGUGCAGGAUAUUGAUAAUCAACUAAAACGAUCGGAGCAGCUGAUUCGCACCUAUCUGGUUCGAAUGAUGACGGACAAGAUUAUCAUGGGCCUCGUUUUUAUUCUCGUUGUGCUGAUCGUCGUCGCCAUCGUCUUCUAUUCGCUUUUUGGAAAGAAAAAUGAAACAACCACAGCCCCGACAGCGCCUCCGAUCGUUCCAUCGUUCGUCAAGAUCGCUUUGAAGAAAACAGGACAGUCAGCAUUGAUGUAUCUUAGAGAAUAGUGGUUUU